GAGGAGAGUUUUAUAGGAACUGGUAUUUAUUUUUCUAGGGAGAGAAUGAAAGGUUUCUAGAGAGAGAAAAACACAGCAGGUAUUUUUGUAUUUGGCCAGAUACAAAAUACUGAUCAUACACGCAUAUUAGGGUUUUUAUUUUCUUCUAUUCUGGAUCUUCAACCACAAACUCAGCGCUUCGAUUGUUAGGGUUUUGUUGUCGUGCUGCUUCAUCAGAUACCUGCGGCGAUUUAAUCAUCAAAGAUUACAAUCAUUUCGAAUAGGUCGGGACUUUUAUAUCUGGGAUUGAAAGAAAGUGAUUGUUCUUCGAGCUUUCCGAGGUUCAAGUUUGAUUGAAUUUUCGAGUGACCGUGUGGGGAAUUCCAAUUUUACCAUGAGAACUUCGUGGGCGGACAUGGCUGCAAACUCCGGGGCUGACAAUGCUGCUCCUGGGUCUGCAAACAAUAGGGGUAUUAGUAACACUUCUGCAUCUGCACGAUCAGCAUAUGUUCCUCCCCAUCUUCGCAAUCGGCCAGCCUCUUCAGACCCACCUGCUCCGGCUUACUCUGGGCCUGCCUCAAGUAAUGAUCGAGCUGGGUAUGGUGGACCUCGUUGGGCUGGUUCCAAAAAUGAUUUUCGUUCUGGGUAUGGAGGUGGUCUAGUAGGAGGAUUGGGUAACAGAGGUGGUGGCUGGGACCGUGGGAGAGAGAGGGAAGCUAACCCAUUUGGUGAUGUUGACGAAACAGAGGAGGCUUUCAGUGAGCAGGAAAGCACUGGGAUUAACUUUGAUGCAUAUGAGGAUAUUCCAGUGGAGACUAGUGGGGAUAAUGUACCACCAUCUGUGAGUACAUUUGCGGAGAUUGACCUUGGGGAAGCACUCAAUCAGAAUAUCCGGAGGUGCAAGUAUGUCAAACCGACACCUGUGCAGCGGUAUGCCAUCCCAAUCUCACUUGCGGGGCGGGAUUUGAUGGCAUGUGCCCAGACUGGUUCUGGCAAGACAGCUGCUUUCUGUUUCCCAAUUAUCAGUGGAAUUAUGAAGGGACAGGGACAGAGUACACACAGACCAUUACGUGGGUCACGCACAGCGUACCCACUUGCUCUCAUUCUUUCUCCAACUCGGGAGCUUUCAUGCCAAAUACAUGAGGAAGCUAAGAAGUUCUCAUACCAAACCGGGGUCAGGGUGGUUGUUGCUUAUGGAGGAGCUCCUAUUAAUCAGCAGCUGCGAGACAUGGAGAGAGGUGUUGAUAUCCUAGUGGCUACUCCUGGAAGAUUGGUGGAUUUGUUGGAGAGGGCUAGAGUUUCUUUACAAAUGAUCAGGUAUCUAGCUUUGGACGAGGCAGAUCGAAUGUUGGAUAUGGGUUUUGAGCCUCAAAUCAGAAAAAUUGUGGAACAAUGCGACAUGCCUCCACAAGGUGUCAGACAGACAAUGUUGUUCAGUGCUACCUUUCCGAAAGAGAUACAGAGAUUGGCCUCUGAUUUUCUUUCAAGUUAUAUUUUCUUGGCUGUUGGACGAGUCGGUUCAAGUACCGAUUUAAUAGUCCAACGAGUUGAAUUUGUUCAAGAGUCGGACAAGAGGAGUCAUCUCAUGGACCUUCUUCAUGCACAAAGGACAAAUGGUGUCCAGGGCAAGCAAGCUUUGACUUUAGUUUUUGUGGAGACAAAGAAGGGAGCCGAUUCACUUGAACACUGGUUGUCAGUUAAUGGUUUCCCUGCGACUACUAUUCAUGGUGAUAGGUCACAACAGGAAAGAGAACAAGCAUUGCGGUCAUUUAAAAGUGGCAACACACCAAUUUUGGUGGCAACAGAUGUGGCAGCACGUGGUCUUGACAUUCCCCACGUUGCUCAUGUUGUCAACUUUGAUCUACCAAAUGAUAUUGAUGAUUAUGUCCAUCGAAUUGGUCGAACAGGGAGAGCUGGUAAAUCAGGUUUGGCUACUGCCUUUUUCAAUGAGAACAAUGGAUCGCUGGCAAAGUCAUUAUCUGAUCUAAUGCAAGAGGCGAAUCAAGAAGUACCUGCUUGGUUAUCUCGGUUUGCAGCGCGUUCUUAUGGCGGAGGGAGGAAUCGUCGUUCAGGGGGAGGCCGGUUCGGCGGCCGUGAUUUUCGAAAGGACUCUUCUUUCAAUAGGGGUGGUUCAGAUUACUAUGGUGGAGGCUACAGCAGUAGCAGUGGAUUAGGGGCUCCAAGUGGUUAUGGAGGAGGGUAUGCCCCGGGGGUUACCAGUGCGUGGGAUUAAUAACUGAACAUUCUACAUAUUAACAUCUAGCAAUUGCUCACUAUUCCCCCUUUAGUUAGUGUUUCGUGUGAUCAGUGUUACUACAAUCAUUGCCAUGAGGGAGGGGAUGGUGCAAGUUCGGGGCUUGUUGCAGGAACAGAGGCGUUGAAUGUCGGUAACUUUUGGUAAAAAAGUUCUAACAAAAUAGGGGUUUCUUUGUGUUCUGGCUCUCUUGAUCCAUUUUUUUUUUUCUAUUUCCUGUAAUUUUGUUGGGUGAUGGUGGGUUGUGUAGAAUAUGUAGCAGUGGGAGAUGUAGUAUGUUCUUUCGGCCGGCCGCAACCUUUUCAAUCUCGUAGUCAUAGGCAUGUUUUUCAACCCAUUUUAUGGGGUUACAACCAUUGAGGUCUCUGAUCCUUAGAAGGGAUUCCUUUGAAGUUUAUUUUAUCCUCAAUGAAGUUUAAAGGUUUUUAUAUUGAAAUAAAUAUGGAAUUUCUGAAUGAUCCAAAA